AUGCGUUGCAGUCGCCUAACGUCUUCUCAUGCAGCAGCGGCGCCUGUUUUGUCUGGCGAGGCGGCUGCCAGCAGGGAGCUGCAGUGGACACCGCAGCAACUGUGCUACCGGCAGCUUAUGAAGAGCCUGCGCGCGGCGUACUUUCAUGACCGGUCGAAACUCUUUUGGUCACGCCACCGAGUGCUCGUGGAGUUCUACAAGUACUCCGGCGAAACAAAUGAGGAGGCGAUUCGGCAGCUUGUGGGCGUUGGGCUCGAGGUCGCGGCGUUUAUUGAGCAUCACAUGCGCACGGAUGUGGAGCGCAUCAUCAAACACAAUGAGACAAUACUGAUGCUUCCGCCAGGAAAGGCGAAGAAGUUCCGCGCCGACUACCUCCUUGCCGAGAAGCAGCAUGACUCAUGGUGCAAGCAGAAGAUCAAAGCCAUUCUCACGCGAAGACCGCCGCCGCCGUACCCCUUUUUUUAG